UUCUUCAGUACGUUUUUGUUACUCGGACGGCGAACAACGCGGUGCGCUUGCGUCUGGACAGCAGCUCUCAGAACUUGGGAAAGUGUUUUCAAAUUUCGUGGCCGAUCGUCGCGCAGACCUGCUACGCCGAGCGAAAGAGCGAGCGAGCUUGAAGCAAAUGACGAGAGCAAUUACAAGGUGAAACGGCAAUAGACAAAAAGAGAAAGAGUGCAAAGCGUGAACUGCAACAACAGAGCAGAGAACAAGCAGGAGACAAACGCAAAGAGCAAAAUGCAUCGAUGCUGCUGCAGUUGGAGGGUGCUGACGUCGCUGCUGCUGGCGGCGUUGCUGAUGGCGGUCGUAAGGUCAGAGGAAUGCGGCCAGGAGGAGUUCACCAAGUGCGCCGAACCACUUGAAAUGCUGCAUUUAACGUCGGAAUUUUCGAUUGGCGCUGCCAAGAAGGAGGAAUUGGAUAAACUUUGUCACGAGCUGCGCAAGGGCGUGCGCUGCAUCCAGAGCUAUACGCGUCGCUGCAUGGAUCUGCAGCAGCGCAACCAGUUCAACAAGCUGUACCAUGGCACCAAUCAGUUCAUACGAGAUCUCUGUAACAAAGGCGAGUUCCAAGAGGAGUACCUGAAGCAUGCGCCCUGCUCAGAAAUGGCCAAGAAGGAUUUCGAGGUGUGCGCCAAUCGGUACAAGGAGACCAUGGUGUUCCUCAAGCCCAACAAGAACCAGGAGAACGCCGAGAACGGCACGCUGAACGAGAACAUCAAAACGAUUUGCUGUUCUAUUAACGAGUUAGUGGACUGCUCUGAGAACGCGGCUCGUAAAAUUUGUGGCAAUGAAGCGGCCAAGUUUACACGCGAACUGGUUGAUAAAUACGCCAACAGCUUAACCAAGAUCUACUGCGAGGAUUUCACUCGACACCCGCAAAUAUGUAGAGAUGGCGAAGGGGAUGGGGCCAGUGCCUUGGGGCGCAAUGGCUUGGGGCUAGUCAUAUGCCUCUUGUUGUCACAGCUGGUCAGAUAGAUGGAGAUGAUUGCUGUCAUGCAGGACAAUUACGUUUCCUUUCUGAACACACGCACACAUGCACAUCCACAGCCACACAUAAUUCAAGUUAUACAAUAGUUAAGGUUUCUAGAUCACAGAGGAGCAGCAAGCGAAGAAGAAGAAGAAGAGAAAGAAG